AAUGUAUAAUUACACACACACACACACACACACACACACAAUUAUUAUUUUUGUUAUGAUAUAUGGAAAAAAUAGCCAUUUUACCAGUUUCUGGUUUGAUGUGUUCAUAUUGGUACGUUAUGCAAGAUGUGGUUAAUCAUAACAAGCACAAACAUAUGCAAUAAAUACACGUGAUAGAGAAGUACAUGACUGUUACUGUGUUAAAGUCACAAUUGUCUCUACUGUCUACAGUAUUUUAAUAUAUUUUACAAAUAAAACAAUGUCCGGGUUCUUUCAGCUAGUCGGAUCACUCUGUGACAAUCUUUCUGAGCGUGUUUACAAUGCGAGAUCCCUGCACUGAAUGUCGUAGAACGUAACACAAAACAAGUUCUGCAAUUUGAUACAUGGUAUAGAAACAACUACCAUUCUGCCAGCAAAGGACUGGCGGUACGUACACAUGUGAAAUACAAAUAACAAGUAUAUCAUAGUCUGGGGGUUUGUGGAGGUUGUUUCAGUCUCACUUGCCGUCUGGCCCGAGUGCAUGUCACACUGUAGAGCACUGCUCAUCCGAUUACGAUGAAAUUGAAAGGGACAUUGUCAGGUCAUUAGGCUUGCCGAAUUGUAGGCAUCUGCCUGCUUGUCAAACUUUCAUUUGAAGAUGUAAAAAGGUGACUUUUUAAUGUUACUGAUAUGUUAUAAUUAUAGAUGUCACUGAACUGAUAUUAAUAAAUAAAUAUGAUACAUGUGUUACAGUAUUGAACAGUUUCACUUUCAGACCAGCAUUUGCGGUAAACAUGGAAGUCGAGUUAUCUGGCAGUGAAAUACUCUACAUGUCACAGCGACAAGUGACGAUCCAACAAAAGCGUCCAAUGAAAACUAGUGCAACAUUAUUUUAUCAUGGUCUGAUGGGCUGUGGCGCAUUGCACUAAACAAGUCUGUCAGUUCUUACACGGAGGGUGUAUGAAUUACUACUUUGCUCCGAUGUCUUUAGUUACAGAGUAAAGCAGGUGCAGUUUUUGUAAACAUGGACAGCCGUCGUAUUUCUCACUUUUACAAGUCUUUAAUUUUGGCGCUCACAGCUUUUUCUUUGGAAACUACAGUUUUUGGAAACUUAGGGCAUGCCAGUUUUACUAUUCAUCACAAUCUCAAAGAUAGCUGCCUUGAAGUUGCAGACUCUCAACUGAGUGUAGUACAAUGCAAGAACUCGCCAUCAAUGCAGUGGAAGUGGGGGACCAGACACCGACUUUAUAACAUUGAGUCGAUGCAGUGUCUUGGUCUUGACCUCAGUAAAAGUGCAGUUGGAAUGUUUGAGUGCGACACAGUCCAUGUCAUGUUAUGGUGGCGCUGCAGUCAGAAUUUCCUCUUUAGUGCAUCCCAGUAUCGACUGUCAGCUACAAAUGGAACUGUAACAGCAAGCCUGAACUCGAACGAUACCUGGACGAAAGACAACUCUGUUGACAGCAUCUGCCAUCAGCCUUACAAAGAGGUCUAUACAACACGUGGUAAUUCUUUUGGGUUGCCUUGUGAAUUCCCAUUUAAAUACAAUGGAACGUGGCAUCAUGACUGCACCUCAGAUGAAAGAGAAGAAGGGAUGGAAUGGUGUGCCACAACUUCACUUUAUGAUACUGAGAAAAAGUGGGGAAUCUGCUUAAAACCAGAAACUGGGUGUCAACGCUUGUGGAAUAAAGACGCUGAGACAGAACAUUGCUACCAGUUUAACUUCCAGUCGUCUCUGUCUUGGAAGGAGGCUCGUGUGUCUUGUCUGAGUCAGGGAGGGGAUUUGCUCAGUGUUUCUAACACAACUGAACUCCCCUACAUACUUGGGAAGGAGGGCUACCCUGACUAUGUGUGGAUUGGUUUAAACCAGCUGGAUUUAGCUGGUGGAUGGCAAUGGUCUGAUGAUUCUCCACUUGCCUUUGUCAAUUGGAAACAGGGGAUGCCAAGUUUAUCUAUCUUAAAAGAGUCAAGCUGUGGCGUAAUGCAGUCUGAAGGUCACUGGGAGAGUUUUUCUUGUGAAAGCAAGUUACCGUACAUCUGCAAAAAAAAUAGCAAUGGUUUGCAACCAGAAAUUGAAAACUCCUGGAAAUACAAGGCUACUAGCUGUGAAUCGGAUUGGCUCCCAUACAAUGGGUACUGUUAUAUGAUGGGAAAGGAGCCGGACACCCAGGAGAUGGCAGUUGAAACAUGUGAGGGAAAAGGAGGCGUGUUAAUAAGCAUCCACUCUUUAGAGGACAUUGAGUUGAUUAUCACCAAGCUGCAUAACAACACGGAGAUAGCUGUAUGGACUGGACUGAUAAAUAACCAAUCCCCAGCCUUGUUUGAGUGGACUGAUGGAACCCCUGUAACAUUUACAUACUGGAGCCGGGAUGAACCCAGUGUUCCCUUUAACAAAACCCCCAACUGUGUGGCAUAUACAGGACAGCUUGGCAACUGGAAGGUCAUGCCAUGUGACAAAAAGCUGCCGUUCGUAUGUAAGAUGAAAGGUGAAGUGAAAAAUGACACAGAAUCUGACGAGGGCUGCCCAACAGAUGGGGACUGGAAGAGGCAUGGUGAUUCCUGUUAUAAGGUUGAUAAGAAUGAAGUGUCCUUUCAAGAAAGCUUUAACCUUUCAAUAAUUAACAGGUUUGAACAAGCAUUUAUAAACAGUCUUAUUAGAAAAUACAGCAAAGAUGAUACCAAGUACUUUUGGACAAGCCUUCAGGAUAAAAACAAUAAUGGACAGUAUGAAUGGAUAACUAAAGAGGGCUUGCAUCCUGUGACAUUCACCAACUGGAACAUGUAUCAGCCAGAUGCUCUUGGAGGAUGUGUUGCAAUGUCAGCAGGAAAGUCUCUUGGAAUGUGGGAAGUGAAAGACUGUAAAAAUUUCAAAGCCGUGGCUAUUUAUAAGAAGGUUAUCGGGAAUCGCAAAAAUCCAGAACCAGGAAUCAAUCCCAAUGCUACUUGCCAAGAUGGAUGGUAUUCUACGAAAGACCUUCUUUAUUGUUACAAGGCUUUCCACCAUGAAAGACUAUCUAGAAAAAGAACAUGGGAGGAAGCAGAAAGGUUUUGUGAAUCACUGGGUGCCCAUCUUCCAAGCUUUCAAAAUUUUGAUGAAGUGCAAUCGGUUCACUAUGUGCUAAGAGAUACAAUCAGUGAUGAUCGAUUUUUUUGGAUUGGAUUAAAUAAGCGAUACAGAAACAAUUGGGAAUGGAGUGACAGCACACCAGUUUCAUCGACUAUCUUACUGAAUGAGUUUCACGAAGAUGACUAUCUUGUUAGAGACUGUGUUGCCUUUAAGACUAUGAAGCCCAAGAUGAGAACGCUCUUUAUGUUUGUGCUGCCAACCCAAAAGAUGCAGGACUUCUACCUGAAACCUUUUCACUGUGGUGCCAAACUGGAGUGGAUCUGUCAGAUACCACGAGGUGUGAAGCCAAAAAUGCCUGAUUGGUAUAACCCUGGAGCACAUCAUCAGUCAUCUGUUUUUGUUGAUGGAGAUGAAUUUUGGUUUGUGAAUGACUCAAAAUUGACCUAUGAUGAAGCUUCUUUAUAUUGUGAGAGCAAUGGAAGUGUACUGGCAUCUCCAGAGUCUUUUACAGCAACAAGAAUGAUCCAAGAUUCAAUAAGAAUGAUUUCUAAAGAUAGUACCCAGAAGUGGUGGCUGAAUAACACGUAUCAUUUGAAACGCUUUCCUAUGAGGUUUUGGAAGCAACCUUUCUAUCCUAGAGAGUGUUUGUUUAUUACUGCUGAUUCCAUGCUUGUACCAGCUUUUUUGGAAGUUGACUGUGAGCAGCGAUUGUCUUUUGUUUGUGAGAGAAUAAAUACAACAGCUUUGGAAACGGACUCAAAGACACAUCAUACAAUGGGAGUGUUAUGUCAAAAUGCAACCAUUUCUUUUGGGGACAAGUGCUAUAAAAUAAUACAACCCAAAUACCUGCCAUUUGCUAAAGCCAGCGAACUCUGUAUCUCUCUUGGGGGAACACUGCCAACCAUCUCCAGUCAAGUUGAGCAAGAUUUCGUUACAUCUCUGCUUCCUGGUAUGCAACAAACAUUGUGGAUUGGGCUGGAGAUGGAUUUUCAGAACACAAAUCCUGAAUGGGUAGACAAGGGUCCUUUGACGUACCUUAACUUUAAUACACUACUCCAUGGGAGACUACGGAAAGUUAAGUUUGAUAUUUUUAAUCCAGAAUCUGUGAAACAGUGCGCUUAUAUCCUAAAUGAUCCUGCUUCUUCGUUUGUGGGGACCUGGGAUUUUACUUCUUGCAGUGAUUCCAACUAUGUUGGGAUCUGUCAGGCUUAUAGAGAUAAAGCACAGGAGCCUGAUGUUUCAGUUGCUACACUGGAGUUCCAAGGCCAUACAUACAAAGUAAUCAAGCAGAACCUCACCUGGUAUGAUGCACUGGUGCAAUGCAGGGCAGAGAAGAUGGAACUGACUAGUAUCUCUGAGACCUACCAGCAAGCAUUCCUGACUGUCACAAUCAACAGGUUCACACAGCCUGUGUGGAUAGGACUCUUCAGCGAAGAUGAUGGACUGCAUUUCCGCUGGUCAGAUAAUACCCACACUGUCUACAGUCGCUGGUCAGAGGCUGACACAGAGCCUAGUGGAGAGUGCGUGUACAUGGGUACUGAUGGCUACUGGAAAGCUACUGAUUGUGAAGAAAAGCUAGCUGGAGCCAUUUGCCAUAUUCCUAAAAAUGACAGCACAACACAACAUGAUGCUGAAAGCCCAAAAUGUCCACACAAAAUCCAGGAUGUUCCUUGGAUACCAUUUGGAAACAAUUGCUACACGUUUCAUACAGCUGCUAAAAGAUGGCAGUCAUUUCAACCACAUGAAGCUCAUCGAGUUUGCAAGAGUCUAGACCCUAAUGCUGAAAUUUUGAGCAUUAGAGACGAGCAAGAGAAUGAAUUUAUAAAACAACAACUGAAGCCCUUCAAUUCACUAGCUAGAUGGGUGUGGAUUGGUGUAUAUAAUGAUGGUAAUAGCAGCCUGAAGUGGUAUGAUGGAACUUAUGUUCAGUAUUCAAACUGGAGAGAAGGAAGACCAGCAGUAAACAGCAGUGAUUUUUACACUGGUAUCCAGUCAGACGGUGCUUGGGAUUUACUUCCAUAUGAUCCCUUUUUUAAGUACUUUCAGGACCAUAGUAUUGUUGCUUGCAAGAUUGAAAGAGACUUUAAAGAUGAAUACCAGCAGUCGUUAUCUGAAUUUAUAAAGCGUGGGAACUUCUCCUUUCGAUUGAUCCAGAAGAAAAUGAACUGGUAUGAUGUGCUAAGAGAAUGUAAGAGCAGUGGAAGUGAUCUAGCAAGUAUCCGUGAUGAAGCCCAGCAGCUCUUCUUGAAACGUCUGGUAAAGCUGGAUGGCUAUCCUCUGUGGAUCGGCCUCUCUAAUCAAGAUAAUACAGGGUCAUCUUUUGAAUGGUCUGAUGGAACUGUCUUUGACUACAAGCCAUGGGAAUUUGAAAACUCAAACUCUACCGGAAAUUGUGUUUUCAUUGACACCAAAGGGUUUUGGAAGCGUGCAAAUUGCAACACUGUUCUCGAUGGAGCUGUUUGCUAUAAUAAAACAACUCCUAGAUCAAACAUAGCCGCUACUACAGUGUCGUCUGGUUGUCCCAAGAGCAAUGGCUUAUCAAACUGGGUCCAGUAUAAAGACCACUGCUAUGCCUUUGACAUCUCCUUCUACAACUACUCUGUGUUUACCAUGGAAGAAGCUAAAACUUUCUGUCAAACUCUUGAUCCCUCUUCAAGUCUGCUGACUAUACAAGAUGCGGAUGAAAAUGAGUUUGUCAUAAACCAGGUGAAGAAGAGCCCACUCAUCACAGGGCGUGUCUGGCUUGGUAUUACACUUGACUCCAAAGAUCACCCAGUAAGCUGGAUUGAUGGUUCAAGUAUCAGCUUUUCAAACUGGGAAAAGAAUACUGACAAAGAGAAGACUAAAGGCAGCUGCUCUGUUCUAGUAUCUGCAAGUGGAAUGUGGACAUAUGUCAGCUGUAAUCACAGUCGCAGCAGGCUUGUGUGCAAAGCUCCUAAUCGACCGGCGAAUACUUCCGUAAUCAUUGCAUUUAUUUUACUAAUGGUCAUAACAGGAAUUGCCGGAAUAGUUUAUUUUGUAUACAGAAGACAUAGGAUGAGGUUUUCUUCCAUGUUUUCAUCAGUGCGUUAUGAAAGAAGCUUAGACGAUGCAGACAGUACCAAUAUAUUAACAGAGACUAGAGAUGAAUAAAGAUGUAAUAGAAAGUGCUGAUAUUUUUAUACAACUUAACAAAAAAGUUCACUUUUACUUACUAACCAGCACAACCACGUAAAUACUAUAGUUCAUACAUUAUACUUUAAAAUGUGUCAAACUAUGCAGAUUACAGCAGCAUAAAAUGCAUUGUUCAAUUCCCAAAGUCUCUUUUUUUUUUUCUAAUUAGUCUCCUGAUUUACAAAACUUGAAUUCUCAUACUGUUGUGCCUUUCUGUGCUUAUUCCAUACAAAAAAUCACUGCCAAGAAACAGUGUCUGCCACAGAAAGUUGCAUCAAACUUUUUUAACCCUACAGAUGCAGGUUAAAAAAUGUGUAUCAGAGCUUUAUAGAUUGACGAGAUUCGAGAGUGAAAAGCUGGUAUCUUUUUUUUUCCUUCAAUUCACUGAUGCUGUACCAACCCCGAAGCCAUUCAAAAAACAGUGUAAUAACACAAUGAUAUGUAGAAAAAUUCUGAUUUUAAAUAUAGAUCAGCUAUUAUUAAUGUGAUAAACACAUAAUCAGAAUGAUCAAACAAAUAAUCUGAUUGUUUUCUGUAUGAUUAUUUGUCUGCUGUACUUAUUAUUAUGCUUUAUUUGUAUUUGUAACUGAUUCAGUGAAGCUCAGAAGUCACAAAGUAUACACUGUACUAUUAAUAACAUUUUACACCAGGUACCAAACAGGAGAAGGAUUGCAACAAUGUCAACAGUAGCAAAUGUGGCUCCCUUAAAACUGCCCACCAUGUAAACAAGCCAUUCUGUACAUAGUUAGGGCAUGAGUUUUCAAUUACAGUCAGGCACAUUGCAACCCCAUACUUCUGUUGUGGUAAAUGAAUCAGUCGAUGAACCAAUUUACAUUUAUAGUACUAAUUUAUUUUAAAGUGCCAAAGUUCUAUGUCCUAUUGUAACAUAAUAUGUAAAAGAAUGUUUUUAAGAGUAAGUAUGUGUAACAUGUUGUGUUUUGCAGUUGUUGUCAACAACAAAACAAAAGUGGAAUGUCCAUUUUUUAUUUUUAUUUUUUUUAUUGCGUGAAUGUAACAAAUAGCAUAGGGUAUAUUUGUCUCAAACAGAAGCACUUGUAUUUAUACUUUUGUGUAAGAUGUUAAUUGUUAAAAUUGUUAGAUUUUUUUAAAUUUUUUUAACAAAACUAUUUUAGAGCUGUUCACACAAACUACUGAUUAUCUUAAAUUCUGACUAAAAAUUUGAAGCACAACUAUUGACAAACUGUGAACACUGUAUUUUUUUAAAAAUCCUGCAGUGCCUCUGUAAUGUAAUCAGCUGAAUGUAAAUCUUAACGUGUGUGUGCAUUUUGCAGGUUAUUCUAUAUUCUGCUCCUUAUAUAACACGUGCUUAAUCGGACGUGAUUCAUUCUUUUAUGUACAGAAAGAGACAUCUUGUACACAGUGUGUAAGUGAUGAUACUGUUGAAAAAGCUUGAAACAUUUUUACAUUUGUAUAUAUAUAUAUUAUGUUCCUGUAAAUACAUUUAUAAAAUGUUGCUUGGUGUGUUUCAGUUUGAACUUAAAGUAAACAGGAUUGCUGUUUGUGUUUUGUCUAAAGUAUAGUCUUGCUUGCUUCGUGUUUCUGCACCAGUUUACUACAGAAUAACAUUUACUGAUGUACAGAUGUAUGCAUCCAGUCAAAGGUAUACAUUAUAUGUGCAUUGUGUUUUAACAUAAACAAAUACUAAAAGGAGUGGCCAUACCUUCAAGUUUUUAUUUGUGUUUAAACUUCUGUCUUUUCAAUUAUUGUUUCCAUCCUAUUUUCUGUCAGUUCUGCAAUAAAGCAUUAUUCUAGAAUACA